AUGAUCCAGCCCCUCACGGUCUUUCAAUGGGUCAGUGUGGUCCUGCUCUCCUGUCACCCAGCCGGCUGCAAUGAAGCGGAACUCUUCGAGACUGCCACGACAAGCCGGACACACUGGCUGGAGGCCUUCCACCGGAUCCUGAGUGGCUACAAUGAUCGUGUCAGUGUGGAUGGGGUCGAGAAGCAGCCCACGAAUGUGAAGAAGCGGAAGCGGGCCAGCCGCCAGACCAAGCAUUCUGCUGAACCUGCUGCCGAGCUUGACCAGAGCAGUAUCAAAAUCGGCACCCAAAGGCAGACUGCCAUCAAGUGUGUCUUGCAGCACUUCACCCGGCGGGCCUGGGAAACUUGCACACACCACAUGGCCUGGACAUACUCGGCGGCGAAUGCUGCUUUCAGCGAUGCCUUGUUGUCCUGGACACACUUGUAUCCGGCCAGCCAGCCCCCGCAAAGCUGUGUGCCCACCGAAGUGCAAGUGCUGGCUGCACAUGAGGCAACAGACUUGGCUCUGCGGAUGGUUCCCUCCAAGGCUGCCUCAGCACUGACAGACUUCACGAGUCCGCUGACAACGGACGAGUUUGAGAGUCUGCUCGAGAAGAUCGUGAACAGCUUUGAGAAUGAUACAGCAAGACUGGAUGUGACACAGUCCCGAGCGCAGUGUCCUGACAUGAGCUGA